AUGGGUGUUCAGGAUCUCGCUCCUUUCCUUCGGAGGUCAUGUCCGCAGGUCUUCCAUGAACUUCCCCAUAGAGUAAGGGAAUUUUCGGGGAAAACUAUUGUUAUCGACGGUACACUAAUAACUCAACGAUUUCACUACGCUCGAACACCGCAUCAACACCGGCACAUAUUGCACUGGUAUCUCUUGACAAGGGCUCUCAAGAAUAAUAACGUGAAUGUGAUUUGCGUGUUUGAUGGAGACGUACGAAAUACAGCCAAGGAGGACGAGCUAAGACGAAGGCGCGGAGAAUACCUUCUGGUCAGUGCUCGUGGUCAGUUGGAGAAACACAGACUGGACAGACUCGUGCGCCUGAAGGACAGUCUCGACAAGUUGAGCCAACCGCCGUUGUCGAACUCCCCUGCGCCGUCCCUUCCAUCGCUCGCUGCACCCCCUCCACAGCUUCCCGCUGCCCCUCAGUCUCAUAGCACGGAGGACUCUCCGUCGGCAUUUUCGACAACAGGAGAACCAGACACUCGUAGUGAGAAGACGGUGACUAAAGCCUCGCCCAAGCAACUCACUGAUCCCAAGACUGUGAUGGCUGCCGGGGCUGGGGCUGCCGGAGCCGCUGCAACAUGCAUCCUUCUCGAAACUCCAUCGGCACCCUCCGUCGCUGUCCCUGCUAUAUCCUCUCUUGCCCGUUCCCACGAAGAGUUUCGUAGUAGCGUCCCACAAAAACUAUCUCGGCCGGCAUCACUCGAUGUGGAUGCUGUGGAAGCGGAUCGAAUACCGUCCAAACUGCAAAACGAGCUCACAGAGGCAGAAUAUCAACUCUGGGACGAACUUCGCGUCUCUCAAAGCAUUUCACCAUACAUGGUCGACAAAGUCGGUGCUCUAGUAGACAAAAGCCGCACUCUUUGCACAUCGUAUCUCGACAGGACACGUCCAACCGCUCGGCUUUACAACGAGAGCAAGGAGUUACUCAAAGCCAUGGGGGUUCUAUGCAUCCAAGCGAGCAAAGGGGUCGAGGGUGAGGCCUUGGCGGCCUCAUUGGUUGCACAUGGCAUAGCGGACGCUGUCGCUAGUGAAGACACUGACGUGCUCAUAUUCGGGGCGCCUCUGGUCCGCAACAUCGCCAACGCCUCCGGUCCCCUCGAGGUCAUUUCAGGCGAGGAUGUUCGCAAAUCCUUGGGACUCACUUCGGCCCAGUUUGUCGACUUCGCUCUUUUAUCCGGCACUGAUUUCUCCAAGCGGAUCAAGGAUAUCGGCCCUGUCCGCGCGCUGAAGCUCAUCCGGGAGCAUGGCUCCAUCGAAGCGAUACUGAAAAAUGAGAAGAAACUGAAGAUUAGACUUCCCGCUCCGUAUGAGGUGUACAUGCGCCAAAUCCGACAGGCGCGGCAAAUGUUUGAACUGCCGCCUUUGUCGACCGAUUUAGUCCUCGUCCCACCAACAUCCGACGAAGAGCAAGUGCAGGCCCUGAUGGAUGAGUACGAAUUACGCCGAUACGUACCCGACGACACGGACUAUAGCUUCGAGCUCUCUGGCAACUACUUUUCGGAUGAUCCAUCUGCGAGCUCGGAAUGA